UCUUACUACUUGUAACAGCAAGGGAUCUACACAUAUCAGGGAAUUGUAGGCUAGUACAAAUAUUGCGAGUUUUGACGGCGAGAAACGAUACAACUUUAAAACACUGUAAUUUUAAAAUGCUUGCAGGGUCUGGAAAGCCAUCUUGUGAUACAGUGGGUGUAGUGUGAAGGGUGGCCAGUGGACAAGGCUGGCUUUGCCCAGCAGCAAACGCCAGAUGACGCUCUUGGCUUGCAGUCUGCCGAGCCCCUUACGCCCGAGCCCCAAGAUACUCCCCUCACCACCAAGUUACCGGACACGUUUCCUUCAUCCAUCUCCCACCACCCGGAGAUCAAGCCAAUUUAUGACUGGCCAACAUUUGCACGUGAUUCUAUUUAAGCAUCCCAUAUUUGGGCAGUCCACGUCGAAUCAAGAAAAAAAGGAAAUGAUUCCCCCACCUAUAAAUCCACGCAUUUUAAGGACAAAUAUCCUUGUAACUUCCAAAGAGACACAAAUAAUGAAAGCAUAAAACGCCUGAAACAUUUGGAGAAUAACAGGUGCGGAGGUUCCGAUUUCCGCUUCUCUGCUACCCAUGCAGGCGUCUGACUUACAGGACUCAUCUGUCGGGUGCAUUUUUUAUUGUCGCUGAGAUAAAAUGAGUUCUUACGUUGCGAGCUCCUACUGCAGUCAAGCUCAUGACGCCUCGUACGGCACUCACACUUUUGGUAACUAUGGAUCUCUUCCCGAGCUCCAGCAAAAUAGUUACUACCGAGACGGGCUGGAUCUGAGCGGAAACAUGGCCGAACAGGCUUCCUGUAACUCCCCAAAACAGGAGGAGAUGAGUACAAGCCUCAGCAUCCGGAGCAACACGCCGCCUGAGCCCCCUCGUUCCCAGUCUUGCUUUGCAGCCGUGGGCGCCCCCAAUGUCCACAUCCAAAACUCUUGCAACUUGGACGGUCUAGUGUUGCUGAACCAGAAGCUUCAUCAGGGAACUGGGGAACUAUUCACGAAGCCCAGCGGCAAGAACCAAAAGCACCAGAGCGAGAGCAGAGUGGAAACUGAGGCGAAUCAACAGCAAAAUUCGGCCCAGAAUUCGAAGCAGCCACAGAUAUAUCCUUGGAUGACUAAACUUCACAUGAGCCACGAAUCCGAGGGCAAACGCGCACGAACCAGUUACACCCGCUUCCAGACUCUGGAGUUGGAGAAAGAGUUCCACUUUAACCGCUACCUGACCCGCCGCAGGCGCAUUGAGAUCGCCAAUAGCCUCUGCCUCAACGAACGGCAGAUUAAAAUCUGGUUCCAAAACAGACGGAUGAAGUGGAAGAAAGACUCAAGGUUGAAAGUGAAGGACAACACGCUAUAACGUCUUUAUGCGGCACUGCUCCUGUUGCCUAAAUCAAUUAGGAAUUAUCAACGCAAACAUAAAUGUCUAAAUGUGUAAUGUAUAUUUAAAAGUGUAAAUUAAGAUGUGUGGGCUUUUUUCGUAUGGGGUGCUAGCCCUGUAUUAUUCUUAAUGCAUAUCAGCACAAUGUUGGCUGUAUUCAUCUGUAAAUAUUACUGUGCUAGCUACUUUUAGUGAUCAUGUUUUUUUGGGACAUGUAGCGGGUGGCAUAUAGCGGGCCUCAAAGACGUCUGUCACCCAUCUUUGUUUUACAGAGCCAAUAUGGCACCGGAUGAUGAGUGGUUUUCUCAAAUGCGUUUACAAGUAUAAUAUGAAGGCUUUAUUCAGGUGCCCGUCAUCAGGGUGCCUCGAUUGAGCGUCCGUCAAAAAUGCAGUUUAUGCAGCCAGACAAUUAAGGAUCUCACUCUGUAUAAUGUAUGGAAUAUGUUUUUUUUUUCUUUGCUUAGCAAUUACGCCCGUGUAUAGGUGAAGUGUGGCGUCCUUAUUAAGUAUGGAUCUCACGUCACACCAGUUUGUAUAGGGGCCUUUGUACAUCGCCUUGUCAAUGGACAAGUUGAGCUUUGGCUCUCUGCUCUCCGUGCUGUCCUUAAUCAGUGUUGAACAUUUUGUAACUGUGUGUAUGUAUGUAAGUAUGGCUGUUGAAAUUGUCUUGAAGUGCUACUGGACAUGAUUACAAUAAAUUCCUGUGGAUUCCUAUUGGUUAAUUUCACUCUUGUCUUGUUGUGUUUUUGUGUCGACACCUUUGCGCAAGCGGGGUCAUAGCCUACUAAUAUCCCUACAGGAGUACCCAUCCACUCAGGUUAAGCUUGAUCGUCAUAUUUCAUUUUAUGAAUUGUAAAUAACAUAGCGGUGUUUCUACAUGGUGCGUGUUCCCUGCCUCAACCCUGAUGUGUACAGUGACUUAAGUAUGUAGGCCAAACUAUUUUAAGAGCGAGGAUAUCCCCCUGUAAACUUGGUUACACCGGAAGCUGCUAUUGUGAGUUAUACUGGCAUACACCGCCAGCCUCAAUUAACGUGGCUCUUAUUUACAGUUGCGCACGCACCCAGACAGUUGCUAAUAAAACUUUACAACACCAAUAAAACUCCCGGCGUCUCCUCGCACCCUUCACACACACUCACGCCUGCUUCCUCUUCUAGCAGCCCUGUCAUGGAGUAUGCUCAUCCAUUAUUACAGGCCAUAGUCUGCAGAGCUAUUGCCGUCCAAACGGGCGUUGUGGAUUUGUUUUUAUUAUUAUUUUAAAUAAAGAAAGUAAUCCGUGUUAAUUUGCAGUUUUCUAAUCAGACUUUGCAUGGCAUCAUACUUAGUGUGUGUGUGUGUGUGUGUGUGUGUGUGUGUGUUUUCCAAA